UGCGCCUCCUGCGUGCGGGCCACAGUGGCCACCGGCAGCUGGACUUGGCACAGACCAGCAGCCCUGCCACAGUCGCCCCCACCCUUCCCUCAAGGCCGAGGACAGCGACGCCCCGUUCUCCUCCUCUUUGGUGCCUCCAGCCAGGAGGCGGGGGUGACCCGCAGCAGCUGACCCAGCCUGGGCACUGCCUCUCCCACAGCCUUCAGGAAAACACCAUGGGCCCAGAGGCUGGUUUGCGGCACAUCAGCGACGACGCAGGCGGCGGCCGCGUAGAUUCUCAACUGCCUCCCUGACCACUGCGACGACCGCUUCAACGCCCCGAGAAGCCACCGCUGCCAUCGACAGGACAAUCUAAGGGCCGAAAAGCCAUCUCCGGGAUCCACUAAAAGAUACGUCAACAACGAUGGCGGGCGAGGGGCGGCGGGAGGAGCCGCUGGGAGAAGGAUGGGGGAUAUACGUCACGCCCAGGGCCCCCAUCCGAGAGGGUAGGCACCGCCUAGCCCUUCAAAAUGGCCGCAGCAGUGACGCGCCUGCCUACGAAACUCCGUCGCGCCAGGGACGUCGGGAAGUGAGGUUUUCCGAGGAGCCGCCAGAAGUGUACGGCGACUUCGAGCCCCGGGUGGCCAAAGAAAGGUCUCCGGUGGGAAAACGAACCCCGCCAGAAAAGUUCCGGACAGAUUACGCGAAAGAGGAAGUGAAAGAAAGCGCUUACUACCUACGGUCUCGGCAGCGGAGGCAGCGGGGACCCCAGGAAGCCGAGGAGAUGAAGACGCGAAGGAGUGCUGGUCUGCAGCAGCCUCAGCCACAGCCGUCUCCGGUUACGACCAGGAGAGGGUUACGGGACUCUCAUUCUUCUGAAGAGGAUGAACCAUCUUCUCAAGCUGUUACAAGCCAAAUAGUCUCAAAGAAAACUGUCAGAACAUUAGAGACUUCAGUGGUGAGUGAAGAGCCUCUAAGUAACCUAUGUAGACCCCCACUAAGAAGCCCAAGAUCUGGUGAAACCGAAGAUGAUCAAGAGAGCUCUUACAGUGAUGUCGCUGCUGUCAAGCUCAAAUCCAGGGAUUCCUUUGAGUCUAGAAAUCACAGCACCAGAUCCUCUGGUCAACAUCCAGAAUCACAUUGGAGAGCAUCACAGAGUCAAGAUUUUGCAGCUCCUGAGAAGCCACCUUCAGUGGUGCUGAGGUUGGAAUGUCAAAGCCCUCAGGACUGCAUUGAGCAGACUCUAAGAAUGAGGACUAGGAUGCCGAGUGAGUAGACACAUCACUGUUACUUGCUGCUUUUGCUGAUUGAGGAGCAUACCAAAA